GGGCGACUUAAGGACAAUUCAGAAUACUUCGGCUUCCUCGAUAGGAAAGAGGCUCGGUUUUUACUUGCGCCAACACACGAAGAAGAAAUCACUACUCUAGUGGGAAGCAGCGCCCACUCGUACAAACUCUUGCCGAUUCGGCUGUAUCAGAUCUCGAGGAAAUAUAGAGAUGAACCCCGACCGCGACAAGGCCUCCUCCGUGGUCGAGAAUUCAUCAUGAAGGAUCUCUACACUUUCGAUGAUAACGUGGAGAAUGCACUGCGAACUUAUGAGUCAGUGAAGAGUGCCUACACAAGGCUCUUCAACGAAUUGAAAAUCCCGUACUUAACAGCCGCUGCGGAUUCGGGCAACAUGGGUGGGAACAUGAGUCAUGAGUUCCACUUCAUCAGCUCGAAAGGCGAAGACACGCUCAUCAGCUGUAAUCACUGUGAUAGUGUGUAUAAUGAGGAGCUUGCUGACGGUAUAGCCCCUAGCUCCCCACAUAGUGAGCAGGCGGGUUCAGCUCCCGGGUUCGACCUAGAAGGAAAGCCCGCUGCGACCAGCGCAAGGGUUUCUACUGGCGUCUGGUCAGCUAUUUCGAAGGAUAAGAGAACUCUAAUUCGUGCAUGGUACCCGAAAUUCACGGUCCAGGAGGGCAGUACGAAGCCGGUGACCAGGGAGGUAAAUGCACACGCCGUCAAAGCCAUUGUCAGCGCUGCAGGCUAUGAUCUUGACGCUAGCAUAGAGAACCCUGUGCUCCAAUGGACUGCGCACAUAAAAUCCGCCAAGGCAGACCACGAGAGUUCCACAGAGCGUCCACAAGUGCUGGACCUGUACGACUCCCACGUGCACGCCUACAAUAGGCCACCGCUAAAGAUUCUGGAGGAAGCGGGCUGCGUCAUCGAAGACAUAGACUGUCUGCGACUCGACAGUUUCCCCAAGACAAACCGCAAGCUGAGCCUUACCAGAGUCCAGGAUGGGGAUCAAUGCCCAAAGUGCACACAGGGCGUGCUUAAAUCUCAAACCACCGUUGAGUUGGGCCACACAUUUCACCUGGGCACGCGGUACAGCGAGGUUCUAAAGGCCCGCAUCGUGAACAGCGAAAAUGACAGGGUACCAAUGCAAAUGGGCUGCCACGGUAUUGGGGUCUCGCGAAUGAUCACCGCAGUCGCCGACUCUCUUGCGGACGCUAAGGGCCUCAACUGGCCAAAGAUUAUAGCGCCAUGGGAAGUUGUCAUCGUCCCAGCGCCAGGUAACCAAGAGGAUGCCUUGGGGGUCUACGAUUUGCUAGCUUCCGAUAAAGCCUCGCCGAUCGAUGUGCUCCUUGAUGACCGCGACAAGACAACGGGCUGGAAGCUAGGAGACGCAGACCUCAUCGGGUAUCCGGUGAUCGUUGUUGUGGGCAAUGGCUGGAAGACGAAUCGUAUCCUAGAGGUCCAAUGCCGGCGCUUAGGGAUCCGUCAGGAUGUGCCAGAUGGAGGAUUGCUGCCCUUUGUGCAGUCGUUAUUAGCACAGCUGUAA